AAGAUGGCGGACGAGGGGGAAUCAGAACCGGCAUCAAAAGACCAAGGAAACAUUAUUCAACAUCGACUUUGGGUUGGAAACAUCGACAAGAGAUUAAGCGAGUACAAUCUGUUGAAGAUUCUUCAAAAGUUUGGCGAGAUAAAGUAUUUUGAGUAUCUCUUUCACACAAGUGGACCUUUGAAAGGGGAACCAAGGGGAUAUUGCUUUGUAGAAUAUGMCACAAGAGAGGAAGCACUWAAAGCUCUUCAAGGUUUAAAUGGCAAGAUGGCUUUAUCAAGAGCAUUAGCCGUUCAUUGGGCCAAAGAAGAUCAAAGCAAAACACUUCCAGAGGAAAAAAAGACCAAGUCGUCAGAAGACACAAAGCCACCAUGUUAUGGAUCACUUUCAUUGGUUAGUAAUGAUUCAAAGAUACAAGCCAUAGAAGCCAARCUAAGACKAAUGGAAAGUUCAAGYUACAAYGAUGAUGUUAAUUUAACUGGUAGAAGCAAGCACCCACUUCUUGAAGAAAGCGAACGCAACAAGAACAAACCUUAYUCAUAUCGACCAAAAAAUAAACGUAAAACAGACUGGAAAGUUUUAAAGAAACCAAGGUGACUUGAAAAGAGGGAUUGUAUAAUCAGUGAACAAAGUAAUGGUCCGCAUGGGAAUUGCUUUUCAUGAUACUACAAAAUUGCUGCAUGUCAUAUUGGAUUACGAUCAACUAUCAAGGGAGCUCUCUUCAAAGUGGUUAAACUAUCAUUGGCAUGUGGAUUUUAAACUAGUUGGAUGACUGAUUACACUUCAGCUAAUGUAAUUCUGCAAAGAUUACAUUACUGGUUAUUGCUGCAGUAAAUAGAGCUGUGUUUCAUUGUCAACUGGUAAAGAACAAAAAUAAAGUUCUAAUGACAAUGAAAAA